UUCACACAGCAGCAGGGAUAGGUCCGUCCGCUCGCGAACCGCUUGACAUCCGCUUCCUCAAUCCGUCAUUGUGUUGCGAUAUCAAAGCACCCUUUGACGGAUGCGCCAUCGUCGCCCGAGGCUGUGGGUAUCUCGAACUUCGUCACUCAGAUUGAGUGGUCCGACCGCCUCGGUGUAUGCCAUGUGUCGGGCGACCGCUUUGUUCAAUACGAGACCAGCCGGAGCUGUCGAGGAUGUAAAGCCUCCAACUGUUCAGGUUCUACCUCACAACACUGCCAAGUGUUGCCGCGUCUGAGCAAUGCUGCUUCAAGCUAUCACUCAUUGCCUCGAUCUGCUUAUACGAUGUCUCAUUACAUGCCUAAAUUAUCUCCAGCGGUCACUGCAGGCCGUAAAUACUAGACCGAAGGACGCUCUGACGCUGGUGCAUGAGGAUCAACCGCGACGGGAGCAACCUGUGCCUACCUCUGAUUCCGCGCCCCAUGACGAUCCCGAGUCAAGUGCGAUCGAGUCCCGCUCUUCCGAUGCACCCGUCAUAGACACUAGCACGGGAUCACCUGACGCACAAGCGGCCGGGUUCCCGUCUGCCGUAGAUGCUGCUGCAGAAAGCAGCCCGGAAACCGUAGAUGCCGCCGCGGUUUGGAAGCCUCGUGCCUUCGCGCUCAUCGUUGCGAUCGACGAGUACCAGCACAGCAGUAUCAACAAUCUAUCCGGCUGUGUUCGUGAUGCAGAAGACUUCCGCGACUUCACCGUCAAGACCCGCGGUGUUCCAGAGACGCAGAUCUACACCCUUACGAAUGGAGAAGCAACGCGCGACGCAAUUCUCAACGCGAUAUACGCAAAGCUCAUCGAUAACCCCGACAUCAGGAAGGACGACUUGAUCAUGUUCUAUUACGCUGGUCACGGUGCCCGAAGACCAGCACCCGCAAGCUGGGUCGCGGACGGCAGAGAGAUCGAAACAAUCUGUCCGUGCGAUGAGCGCAUGACGGAUUCGAAAUCCGGAGAACGGAUCGAGGCAGAAGAUCGGUAAAUUGGAAACUACGCCCCUACGGAAAUAGCCGCCGACCGUAGUCCGCGCCUGCCUAAUAUGGCAAGUGCACUU